GGAAUGGUCAAGAAUGACGUAAGGCAGACCCUCUAAACUUGACGAACUGCUUACCGAUCUAUCCCUUGUUACUCUUGUCAGGUUGGUUAGCAAAAAGAGGUGAAGAUGUCGGACGCUGAUGAAAUCGAGCGUGGCCCGGCCGCUACGCCUGAGGAUUUCGUCAAGGCACUCGAGAAAAGGGAGUUGGCACGACUUCAAGUGCCGAAAGUUAACAUCUUCCAUUUUAAUGGGGACGAAGUAUCGGAGUGGCUGGAGCUGCUGGAGCAGGUUACGGCCGAGGUGCCUGAGGCAGAUAAAUUCAAGUUCCUACCCAGAUACGUCUGGUGGGAAACUCGGCCCGAGGUAAUGAAGGUGGCUGCUGGAGCAGGAGGAGACUGGGCUAAGUUCAAGGCAGAAAUGCAGAGGCGGUUCAAGUUAGGGGAUGGCUUGUUAACGAAGACAAAUUUGAAGAUGUUACAGCGGGACGAGUUCUCCACGGUGGGAGCUUUCGCAACGACAUUUGAGAAGAUGGCCAAGAAAGUCCCCAGAUUGGCGGAAGAAGAACAAUGUGCCACUUUCCUGGGGCACUUUAAGAAUUGGGAGGCCUCGUCGCUAACCAAGAAGGCUGCGCCGGGAAAGAAGCUCACUUGGGCCGCGAUAAAGGAGGGCGUAAUAGAAGGAGAGCUGGACCAAGUAGGCAUCUUCCAAAUGCGACAGGCUAGGAAGAAAAGAAAGGCCUUGGAUGCCAUGACGAGCGGCGGGCGAGACUUUAAGAAACUCAUAGAAGAUGCAGUGGCCCAACUUGAUGCAGAGAAAGAGGCAAAAAGGAAAACUAUGGUGGCACCACAGACCCAAGGGAAGGCAAAAAAAGCAGUGGUGCAGGAGGGAGAAGAAGAGGAAGAGGAAGAGGAGCCUGAGCCACAAAAGUUAACCCAGGUUCAGAGAAAGGCAAGGAACUUGGCUCAAGGGGGGCAGGGCUCAGGAAAGGGGCAGAUCCCGCAAGCUGUAGCCAUGCCACCUCCUGAGUCGCCCAGCAGGGGAAACGAGGACUGGGCGGCCUCUGGAAGUGAAGGUGGUCAAGAAGGUGGAAGAGGCGCUGGCAGAGGGAGAGUAGACUGGAGAAAUGCCAUUUGCUGGCAUUGUGGGCAGAAAGGCCACUCUAUUAAGUUCAGCCACUUCAGGAGGAACGACAAGGACAAAGGUUUAAUUAGCACCAACUAUGAUGGAGACAUGUACGACAAGUGGGGGUACCACCUUGACCCCAAGAUUCCAGGCGGUACGAGGAAGGAAGCCCUGCGAAGGACUGAGGCCGGUGAGCCACCCACACCUCCAGCCAUGUUUCGGAUAUGGCAGGAGAAAGAGGUCCGUAGUGACGUCAGGGUGGAGGAGGUAGGAGAGAACGCAGAGGUGGAGCAAGAAAAGAAGUCGGGCACCACUAAGAUAGAACGGAUCACAGUGGAGUCCGACGAUGAGAUUGAGGAAGAUUGCUGGAACAGGCCGCUGCAUGCUGAGACAGGGGAAGAUUAUUGGAGAACGGUCCGACAGACAAUGGAGAGAAUGGAGGACCCGAUAGACAAAGUCGGGAGAUACCAACARAAGCUGRCUGAUAUGUGCAAAGAAGUCAAGGGGUGGCAAGGGAACAAGAACAKGGYGGACGGGCURAGUCGAGUCGACUGGGACAAAAACCAUCAGGGAGUGAUCGAGGAUACUCCACCAGUCGACAGAGUUUUGGACAGCGAGGAGGAUGUGAGACUUCACAUCAACUCCUGGGCAUUGGCCGUGGGUAAGUACGUUACUCCUGGGCGACCUAUAUGGCUUGCGCCUCCGGGACAUGUACGACGRSCAGACUUGGUCCUCAAACCCUAUAUUGAAGAAGAUUCUUGGGGAAUGUCGGGCGUAGGUUGGAUGAUGGAGCUSGCCYUARCAGGCAAGUACGAGCUGCAGGAAGACCCGCUUACAAUUGAAAAUGGGGCGCUACAGGURGGUAAGYACGAGAAGAUGAUAGGUGGGGUGUACCUGYUGGCAAAUGCGCUGCUUCAGGAAGAGACGGUCAGAAAUACGGUACUAGACCAGGAAGAGGAGAUAGAGUCGGGAGAAGGUGACAAUGUCCUCCACGAGAGGGAGGAUGAUGACUUUGAAGAGGGGGAGAUCAAGGAAGCGUUUCGAGCAGAGGAAUUCGUGAUGGAUAGAGGGUCCGAGUUCACAUGUGCAGAAGUGAAGGCUCUUUUGAAGAAGUAUGGGGUAAUCGCUGAGUACACUACUGCAGCGCACCCUCAGGCCAACGCACCUGUGGAGAGGGGGCAUAGCACCAUCACAAAUCUUCUUGCCAAGUGGACCGAUGGCAGACCCAACCAAUGGCCAAACUUUCUAAGGGUCGCGUUUUUCGUGGAUAACAUCACUAUCAGGAGGAGCACUGACUAUGCACCUGCUACGCUAUGGUACAGCAGGCAUGCGAUAUUUCCCAUUGAAAGCUUCCUGAAAACUUGGAGGCGACAGGACCUUGAGACUGAUCUGACCUCUGAGGAACUGCUGAAUUUGAGGGCACGACAGAUCGGCGCUAAUGAGGACAGGAUUGAGGAGGCAGCAAGUAGAACCGCGGACAACCGUACCAAGGACAAGUUCCGGUGGGACAAGAUGGCAAGAGUGAGAAAGGAGUCUCUCAAGGUGGGAGAUGUUGUACAAUUGUAUGACUCAUCCCUGGAAAAGCAGUGGUCUCGAAAGUUGGACAUGAGGUGGCUGGGACCGUAUAGGGUCACCAGGUGUGGAGAACACGGAGCGUAUCAAAUUAAGGAGCUAAAUGGGAGGACAUGGAAGGAUUGGGUGUCAGGCUCGAGGCUGAAGAAGUUUGUGGCUCGAGACGAGGCAAGUGAGAGGAGAGGUGUGGAAAAAAGGAGAAGGGAACCUGAGACAGAGGCAAGGGGAACCUUUGAGCAGGGCGCGUCACCAGGGGCUCAGAGAGAGGAAAGGGGAAUCUUUGAGCAGGACACAUUGUCAGAGGCUCAGAGGGAGGAGAGGAGGAAGGAACACAAGUCCCACAGGCACGAGAGGGCUGAGGGAGUAGGGGGUUCAGGCGCACCUUCGCAGCCUGAUCAGAGGGAGGUGGAUCACCCUAUGGCAGGUAUKGAGCYGGACAGGCUUCAGGAGCCGCACGUGCAGGAACAGAGAGAGGUUCAGUCUGUUGAGGAGAAGGAGUUGGAUWGGAAAAAGAGAGCAACAAGGGAGCAGAAAAUCAGAACCCAGCUCACGAUGAAGAACCUGGCAGACCUGCAUGAGAGGAUGCAGCAAGGAAAGRCACCUGAUAAGAUGGAGGACAGAAAGGGUGAAGGUACUUGCACUCAGGAAGAGGACCCACCUCUGUUUUCAGAGGUCUGGUUGGGCUUSRACAAGUUGAUGGAUGCCGCGGGGAGAUCUGGAGGACACCACCASGAGAUGGRAGUCAAGUUGGUCUCCACAKACCUACUUAACCUCAAGGGUGUGAUGAAGGAAGAAUUCCCUGCAGCAAAGKCCUCAGAUCAGAGGAUUGGGRACAGGAUGACGAAGGUGGCACGAAAGGCUUAUAGCCAGAGAGUGGACUGGGAAAGAGAAGCUGAGGACCUGAAGAGGGAGCUGGGAAGACAGGGCAAAGAGUUGGCAGCAGUAAAGGCGGACAUGGAGAGAGUUGCUGUGCUAUCACUUGAGAGCCUGAUCUGAUCAGGCUAUUCCUUCAGAGGGAUUAUUCCUCUGUUAUCACUGAUAACAGGUCGGUUGCUGAUUCGU